UGUGGCUCCUUGCAGUCGACGAACUGUCAGGGCGGGAGGAGCUGUGAGCCAGAGCAGCCAGCAGCGGAUCGCGCAGCACAGCAGAAAGCACGGAGAGCAGAGUGCACCGAGUGGCAGUGGUCAAGGCUAUCCAGGCGGUACAGGCAGCCCAGCCAGCCGGGCCGCCCCAACAGCCUCACUCCACGCCUCCACGACUACAGCUGCUCCGCGGACUGCGAGCUGUGGCGGUAGAGCCCGCUACAGCAAUCGCAGUCUUCGUGGAGCAGGCGGAAGCCUUUUUCUCCUUUUCCUUCCCCUCUUCAUUCUACUCAGAAGGAGUCACUGAAUAGUAUUCUGUGGGUGACAACCGCGUACCUUCACUACCCUGCCUGGUAUGGACUUGUUGUCCGGGACGUAUAUAUUUGCGGUCCUGUUAGCAUGCGUCGUGUUCCAGUCUGGCGCCCAGGAGAAGAAUUACACGGUCCGAGAAGAAAUGCCAGAAAACGUCCUGAUAGGCGACUUGUUGAAAGACCUCAACUUGUCGCUAAUUCCCGACAAGUCCUUAACAACCCCUAUGCAGUUUAAAUUAGUGUACAAAACCGGGGAUGUACCACUGAUUCGGAUUGAAGAGGGUACGGGUGAGAUCUUCACAACUGGCGCUCGCAUCGAUCGUGAGAAAUUGUGUGCUGGAAUCUUGUUGGAUGCUCGUUGCUUUUAUGAAGUGGAGGUUGCCGUUUUGCCGGAUGAAAUAUUCAGAUUGGUUAAGAUACGCUUUCUGAUAGAAGACAUAAAUGAUAAUGCUCCGUUAUUCCCAGCAACCGUUAUCAACAUAUCAAUUCCAGAGAAUUCAGCUAUAAACUCUCGAUACUCUCUCCCAGCAGCCAUUGAUCCUGAUAUAGGAAUAAAUGGAGUACAAAACUAUCAACUAAUUAAGGGUCAAAACAUCUUCGGGCUUGAUAUCAUUGAAACACCAGAAGGAGACAAGAUGCCACAGCUGAUUGUUCAAAAGGAGUUAGAUAGGGAAGAGAAGGAUACUUACGUUAUGAAAGUAAAAGUUGAAGAUGGUGGCUUUCCCCAAAGAUCCAGUACAGCUAUUUUGCAAGUUAGUGUUGCUGAUACAAAUGACAACCGCCCAGUCUUUAAGGAACAGGAAAUCGAAGUCAGUAUACCAGAAAAUGCUCCUAUAGGUUCUUCAGUGACACAGCUCCAUGCCACAGAUGCUGAUAUAGGUGAAAAUGCCAGAAUACACUUUUAUUUCAGCAAUCUAGUCUCCAACAUCGCUAAGAGGCUAUUUCAUCUUAAUACCACCACUGGACUUAUCACUGUCAAAGAACCACUGGAUAGGGAAGAAUCACCAAGCCACAAGUUAUUGGUUUUGGCAAGUGAUGGUGGAUCGGUGCCAGCAAGAGCAAUGGUGCUGGUAAAUGUUACAGAUAUCAAUGAUAACGUCCCAUCAAUUGACAUAAGAUACAUCGUCAAUCCAACCAAUGGCACUGUGGUUCUUUCAGAGAAUGCUCCGCUUAACACCAAAAUUGCUCUCAUAACUGUGAUGGAUAAGGAUGCUGACCACAAUGGUAGGGUGACAUGCUUCACAGAUCAUGAAGUUCCUUUCAGAUUACGACCAGUAUUCAGUAAUCAAUUCCUUCUGGAGACCGCAGCGUUUCUUGACUUUGAGUCUACAAGAGAAUAUGCCAUCAAAUUACUGGCUGCUGAUGCUGGCAAACCUCCUUUAAAUCAGUCAUCCAUGCUCCUAAUCAAAGUUAAAGAUGAAAAUGACAAUGCUCCAGUUUUCACUCAGUCUUUCAUAAGUCUCUCUGUUCCUGAGAAUAACUCUCCUGGAGCCCAGAUAACAAAAAUAAGUGCAACUGAUGCAGACAGUGGACGUAAUGCUGAAAUCAGCUACAUGCUGGGUUUUGAUGCACCAUCUGAAUUCAAUCUGGAUCAUCGCACAGGAAUUCUGACAGCUGUGAAGAAACUAGAUAGAGAGAAACAGGAAAAAUAUUACUUUACAGUACUGGCAAAAGACAAUGGAAUGCCACCCUUAAUGACCAACGCCACAGUCUUUUUGACUGUUCUCGAUCAGAAUGAUAACAGUCCAAUUUUCACUCACCAUGAAUACAACUUCUAUGUCCCUGAAAACCUUCCAAGACAUGGUACAGUUGGACUAAUCACUGUAACUGACCCUGAUUAUGGAGAGAAUUCUGCAGUUACCCUGUCCAUUUUAGAUGUGAAUGAUCAGUUCACCAUCGAUCCACAGACUGGUGUCAUCAGACCAAAUAUUUCAUUUGACAGAGAAAAACAAGAAUCUUACACUUUCUAUGUAAAGGCUGAAGAUGGUGGUAGGGUGUCACGUUCGUCAACUGCCAAAGUAACCAUAAAUGUUGUUGAUGUCAAUGACAACAAACCAAUUUUUAUUGUUCCUCCAUCAAACUAUUCCUAUGAAUGGGUCCCAUCAUUCACAAAUCCAGACACAGUCAUCUUCAAGGUAAUUGCAAUUGAUAAUGACACUGGCAUGAAUGCAGAGAUUCAUUACAGCAUUGUGGGAGGAAACACAAAAGGACUGUUUCUCAUUGAUGAAACAUCAGGUAACAUCACAUUGAAAGAGAAAUGUGUUGUUUCAGACAUUGGUUUACACCGGCUGACAGUCAAAGCUAAGGAUUUAGGACAACCUGAUUCUCUCUUCAAUGUUGUACUUGUCAAUUUUUUUGUGAAUGAGUCAUUGACUAAUGCUACACUGAUUUAUGAAUUAGUGCGCAGAAGCAUCGACUCACCAGGGAACCAAAAUGUUGAAACAGCAAAUGCAUCCUCACCAAGCAGUGAUUAUGUCAAGAUCGUGGUUGCCAUUGUUGCUGGCACGAUAACUGUCAUCCUAGUGAUUUUCAUCACUGCUUUGGUAAGAUGUCGCCAAUCACCACAUCUUAAGGCUUCUCAGAAAAACAAACAGAAUUCAGAGUGGGUUACUCCAAACCCAGAAAACAGGCAGAUGAUGAUGAUGAAGAAAAAGAAGAAGAAGAAGAAGCAUGCCCCCAAGAAUCUACUACUUAAUUUUGUCACUAUUGAAGAAGCAAAGCCAGAUGAUGGUGACAAUGAUGGAAACAGUGUCACACUAGACCUUCCCAUUGAGCUGGAAGAGCAAACCAUGGGCAAAUACAACUGGGGUACUACGCCUACCACCUUCAAGCCUGACAGCCCUGAUUUGGCCCGACACUACAAAUCUGCCUCUCCUCAGCCUGCAUUCCAGAUCCAGCCUGAAACACCCCUGAAUUCAAAGCACCACAUCAUCCAGGAACUUCCUCUUGAUAACACCUUCGUAGGCUGUGAUUCCAUCUCCAAGUGCUCCUCCAGCAGUUCUGAUCCCUACAGCGUUUCUGAGUACAACUAUCCUGUGACAACAUUCAAGGCCCCUGUGUCUGUACAUACCAGACCGCAAAUGGUGGAAGUGGUACGAUCUCGCACACCCGUGAAAGAGUCAACAACUGUGGAAAUCUGGACUCAUCCUCAACCACAGCGGAAAUCUGAAGGGAAAAAAACAGGAAAGUCCCAGCGACGAGUCACAUUUCACCUACCAGAAGGCUCUCAGGAAAGCAUCAGUGAUGCUGGAUUGGGAGAGCAUGAUGCAGGCAGCCUUCCCAGCACAUCCCAUGCCCUGCCUCUUGGCUAUCCUCAGGAGGAGUACUUUGAUCAUGCUGCACCAAACAACCGCACCGAAGGGGAUGGCAACUCUGAUCCUGAAUCUACUGCAGAAAUAACCGUGCAGCCAACUGUGGAAGAAGCCUCUGACAACUGCACUCAAGAAUGCCUCAUCCUGGGCCACUCCGAUGCCUGCUGGAUGCCAGCUUCUCUGACCCAUCCCAGGCCUUCACAGGCACAGACCUCUGCUCUUUGCCACAGCCCACCCCGGACCCAGACAUCGGUUCGUCGCCGCAACCCUCCAGUGACCCAAACCAUUGCUCUGUGCCACAGCCCCCCAGUCACUCAGGCUAUUGCACUCUGCCACAGCCCUCCACCAGUGCAGUCCUCUGCUCUCCACCACAGUCCUCCUUUAGCACAGGCUGCUACGAUUUGCCACAGUCCACCACCAGCACAGGCCUCUGCACUCUGCUACAGCCCUCCCGUGGCACAGGCUAUGGCUGUCCACCGCAGUCCUCCUCUGCCACAGGCUGCUACACUCCAUCGCAGCCAGACCCAACCACCAAUGGGUUUGCAGCAAGGAUGGGUGCAAGGUGCUGGAGGUGAUGGACUACAUCCCCUCGAUCAGGGAGUACAAAGUAGUACAAGAGUUCAGUUUUACACCAGGUCUGAAAGACUUCAUACCAGUGAUGAUUCAAUCAAAGUCAUUCCCUUGACCACCUUUACUUCAGGUCAACAGACCAGAGCCUCUAGGGGUGAUUCUCCCAUUAUGGAAGAACAUCCCUUGUAAAACUAACAUGCAUAUCUCACAUUUUCAGACAGAUGUAUAUACUCGAAUAUUAAAAUUCAAUUUUAAUGAAUAUUCCAAAUUGUUAGGUUUGUAAAUAGCUCUGUAAAUAGAAACAGAUACCAAGAUAAGUCCAGAGCUAGACCCUUAGUAAAAAGAUAAA